CCGCCGCCGCCGCCGCCGAGAACCCCCACAAGCGCAAGAACAAGGGGAAGGGCAACCCCAACAAGAAGAACAAGAAGCUGAAGGGCCCCGACGACGCCACCCGCCGCCGCCGCAAGCCGAGCGCCAAGUUCCUCAAGCUGCUCGAGAAGCGCGCCCGCGACUACAACUCCGACGACGACGACGAUGCCGAAGCCCGACCACGAAGGUCGCAGCCACGGCCGCCGCCGAAGCAACGUGAUGCUGCUCCCAAUGGCGACGACGACCUCAAAGAGGCCCCCUCGUCCGAGGAGGAGGCCUCCAGCUCCGGCGGGGAAUCCGACGGGGAAAGGGCGGUCACCAUGUUCCAGGAAGGCUGCAGGGCUUUCCAGGCCGCCUUCACCAAGAUCAUGGAGAAGAAGCUCGCCGACAACCCAUUGGGUCCGAUUCUGUCAGCGGACAAGAAAUUGGUCGCCGCCAAGUUGGCCGAGGAGGCGGACGAGCACAAGUCCAAGGGAGAGGCCCGCAAGGAGAAGCGCAUUGCUGCGCAGAAGGGUCAUAAAAUACCCGAGAAUGCUAUUGACAACAAAGAAAAGAUGCUUAUCAAGGUUGCAACCCAAGGAGUUGUCAGGUUGUUCAAUGAGGUGAGCAAGCGACAGACUAGGAAAGGUUUGAAUCCAUCAAGAAGUAAAGAUGUCAAAUCUUUGGCAAAACACUCUGUACCAUCUAACGAAGGACAACAAGGCCAGGGAUCUUCCAAGUUCUCAAAGAAUAUUGGCAAAGGUGAAGAUGAGCCAGGGUGGGCCCCUCUACGUGACACAUACAUGCUUGGUUCCAAAUUGAAGGACUGGGAUAAAGCACAGGAUUCUGAUGUGGCUAAACCGAGCGAGGUCCCUUUGGACAACUUUUCUGAUGAUGAAUAGGCAACGAAAUCUAUUGCCCGGUUGGCUGGGGGCUACAUUUUGAAGGGGGGAAUGGAGGGUGGUUGAUGCUUUUGGAUGCAUCCGGGAGCGCAAGAUUUUGGAAAGGGCAAGAAUGGCGUCCCUGAUGUGGUUUUCGUUUACUACGUUUCAUUGCAUGCAUCCAAGAGCGCAAGAUUUCUACAUGCAAACCUUGUAGUUUUAGUUUCUCUUCAUCCUUGUAUCACAACAAAAUUCUUGCAGAACUGUUGUCACAGCUUAAUGAGUAUAAUUGUUUUGCCGAGAA